AUGCUUCUGUCUCUCCGGUCUCGUCCGCCCCUGUCACUCGCCUCCCUGCGUGCAGCGCAGCACCGCCGUCGUCAGCAGCAACGUCUCAGCCGCCCGCGGCGGGCAGAGGCGCGCCGUCUCCCGCAGGAGGAGGUCGGGGGGGGAGGGGCGCACCCGGAGGGGGGAGGGGCGCGCCGCCAGGGGGAAGAGGUGGGCCCGUUCCCGCAGGAGCACCAGGGGGAGCGGGAGCCCCUGGCGCAGGCGGAGGGCGCGGACGCGGGGGGCGCGGGCGGGGAGGACGCGGAGAGCAGGCGCAAGGAGCGGGGGGCUGUGCCCGCCCCCGUAGCGGGUGCUCCGCCGGCAGCAGCGGCGGGCGUGGCGGUGACGAUGGCGGGCCCCGCGGGCGUGUCGAGCAGGGCGCUGGUGGCGGCGGCGCGGCCCGAUUUCGGCAAGCUGGGGCGGCCCGUGAUGCUGCUGGCGAACCACUUCAAAAUCGACUUCCAGGACCUGGUCAUCUACCAUUACGACGUGGACUUCUCCCCCGCCUUGGCCUCCAAGGGCGUCAUGCGCGCAGCCAUCCGCCAGCUGGCGGAGACCUACAGCGCGCAGCUCGUCUCCCCUGCCCCUGGCGGCGCCCCCAGCGCCCCCGUGCGCCCCGUCUUCGACGGCAUGAAGAACAUUUUCACUGCCCGCCCGCUGCCGUUUGACAGCCAGGAGUUCUGCGUGGUGCUGCCCGAGAAAGACGAAGCGGCAGGGGGCGGGAGAGGCGGAGCAGGCGGGGGGAGGGGAGGUAGCAGCAGUGGUGGUGGGCGCGGGGGCGGGAGGGGCGGGCGCGGAGGUGGGGAGCGGAGGGAGCGGGCGGUGAAGGUGACGGUGAAGCUAGCUCAGCAGUACCCCAUGUCGUCCAUGGCUUCCUUUCUGCAGGGGCGGCAGGCCGACAUUCCGCAAGUGCUGCUGCAGGCACUCGACGUGGCAUUGAGGGAGCGACUCCUCACCAGCCUCACCCCGGUGGGUCGCUCGCUCUACUCCGCCUCUCUCGGCAGCACGGCGCUGGGCGGCGGAGUAACAGCCUACCGCGGCUUCUUCCAGUCGGUGCGCUUCUCCCAGCAGGGCCUGGCGCUCAACGUCGACAUGGCUGCCACCGCUUUCCACCACGACAUGCCGCUCCUCACCUUUGCCGCUGACUUCCUGGGGCGUGGUGGGGGCGGGGGAGGCGGCGGGAGAGGCGGGGGGAGGGGUGGGUUCGGGGGGAGGGGUGGUCGGGGGCCGGGAGGGGGAGGAGGAGGCGGGUUUGCACCGAAUGCGUCGCUGAGCGAUGGGGAGAGAGUGAAGCUGAAGCGUGCGCUGCAUGGGAUCAAAGUGGGGGUCACUCACCGCGACACGCCCCGCCGGUACCGCAUCCAGGGUCUCACGCGCGAGCCAGCACACGCUCUCACCUUCACCAUAGAAGGGCAGGGGGAGACCUCCCUGGUGGCCUACUUCCGCUCCGCCUACGGUUACACCAUCCGCCACCCCAACCUGCCCUGCGUCAUGGCGGGCGGCGGGGGGAAGAGCUAUCUGCCAAUGGAGGUGUGCCACAUCAUCGGCGGGCAGCGGUACGGGCCGAAGCUGAACGAGGAGCAGGUCAGCUCGCUGCUGCGCUUCACGUGCACGCGGCCAGACGUGAGGGCGGGGGAGAUUGGCAGCAUGGUGACUCGCAAUGACUACCCCAACGACCCCUAUGCGCGCGAGUUCGGCAUGCGGGUGCACCCCGAGAUGACGCGCCUGCAGGGCCGCCUGCUGGACCCGCCCCGCCUCGUGUACAAGGACAAGAAGGACGUGGUGCCAAGAUUCGGAGCGUGGAACAUGAUGGGCGGGCAGAGGCUGAUAGACGGCGCGCGCAUAACGCACUGGACCAUCAUCAACUUCGCCCCGUACCUCGACGCCAUGGGCGUGCAGCGCUUCGGCCAGGCCCUCACGCAGCGCUGUGCUGAGCUGGGCGUGCAUAUGGAGCCGCGUCCAGUGGUGCCGCCCCUGACGGGCCGGGUGGAGUCGGUGGAGGCGGUCAUGCGCCAGCUGGCGGACGCUAGCAGCCGAGCGGUGCCGCCCGGGCAGUGGCUGCAGCUGGCGGUGGUGAUCCUGCCGGGCCGAGGCACGUUCUACAACGAGAUCAAGCUGAUCGCUGAGACACAGCUGAAUGUGGUCACGCAGUGCUGCCUCGUGAACCACGCCCAGAAGUGCCAGUCACAGUACCUGGCGAAUCUAGUGCUGAAGAUCAACGUGAAGCUGGGCGGGCGCAACGUGCUGCUGCAGUCAGAGAGCAUCGGCCGCCUGCCCAUGGUGGCCGAGCGCCCCACCAUUGUGUUCGGCGCUGAUGUCACUCACCCCAGCCCGGGGGAUGAUUCCUCGCCCUCCAUCGCCGCUGUCGUCGCCUCCCGGGACUGGCCGUGUGCGAACCGGUACGGGUGUCUGCUGCGCACGCAGGCGCACCGGCAGGAGAUGAUAGAGGGGCUGCACGAGGAGCGGCAGGGGGCGGACGGCAGCAUGCAGGCGGGCGGGCUGGUGAGGGAUCUGCUGAUGGAGUUCUACCAGACCGCCAAGCGCAAGCCUGAACGUAUCAUCUUCUUUCGAGAUGGCGUCAGCGAGGGGCAGUUCUACCAGGUGCUGGCGUACGAGCUGGAGGCAGUAAAAGCCGCGUGCCGGGCCAUGGACCCAUCGGGCAGCUACAGCCCGCGCAUCACCUACGUGGUGGUGCAGAAGCGGCACCACACGCGGCUGUUCCCGGCGGACAACAACCGUGACAAGAACGGCAACGUGAUGCCGGGCACGGUGGUGGACUCGGUCAUCUGCCACCCCAGGGAGUUUGACUUCUUCCUCAACUCCCACGCCUCCAUCCAGGGCACCUCUCGCCCAACACACUACCGGGUGUUGUGGGACGAGAACGGCUUCACGGCCGACAGCAUGCAGGCGCUCUGCUACUCCCUCUGCUACACCUACGCGCGCUGCACGCGCUCCGUCUCCCUCGUGCCGCCCGCCUACUACGCUGACCUGGCGGCCACGCGCGCGCGCCUCUACCUGGAGGGCAUCUCGGGCAGCAUGCGGGGGAGCGGGUCCGAGAGUGGGUCGGCGGCCGGGCGGGCGGCAGGGGGCGGCGAGGUGGCGGGGUCGGGCGGCACGGGGAGCUCCAGUGGGUCGUCGCGGGUGGGCGGGGCACCACCUGUGGUGCCGCUGCCGGUGGUCAUGCCUGUCCCCAGGAAGGGCAUGUUCUUCUGCUGA